AUGGGUGACAAAACCAGCGAUAAAACGAUUAAAAAUGCCGAAGUUAAACUACAGAAAAUUCUGCAUAAAAUUAAUAACUUACGUCUCGGUGAUAACUAUGUGUCGAAACUUAAUUAUGUAGGGAAAGAAAAUAGUUAUAAUUUUUUAAGAAUUCUCAGCUGCAACUGGAUGUUAGUCAGUGUCGCUUUUGUUGCUGUUUCCGUAGGCAGUGCGUGGUGGAUUAACAAAGAAGUUUUUGCUGAGGUGAGUGUUAGAAGAUUACAAUAUGAAACGAAACAAGCACUCUUCCGACCCCCCGAAGACUGUUCCAUGUGCAUCGGCGUAGAAGACGUGGUCCGUAUAGCCAAUGUUUCUCCAACAAAGUUUGAAGAAGAAUACGCAUAUGGCACUGUGCCUGUUAUUGUUACUGAUGCUAUGAAGGAUUGGAGAGCUGUGCAGGAGUUCAACUUCACAUUCUUCGCAGACUUCUACCGCAACCUAAAAUCCAAUGAAAAAUUCGGCUCAUGUUUUUUCUAUCCCUACAAAUCCGGUCUGAAUUCACUCGACGAAGUUUUCAAUAUGGAGGAAAAGCGCGCCAAUUUGUCCGGCGAACCCUGGUAUGUUGGAUGGAGUACCUGCACGUUUGAAGAGGCGGAGAGAUUGCGUGCCUAUUACAAUCGGCCGUAUUUCCUUCCUAAGACUUCUGAGAGUCUGCCGGUAGAUUGGAUUUUUAUGGGCGGGCCGGGGCAAGGCGCUCAUAUGCACGUGGACACAGUGCGGUACAUAUCCUGGCAGGCGCAGAUCCGCGGGAGGAAGCAGUGGGAGUUGGCCCCUCCACCGGAGUGCCUCUAUCGAUGUCGGAGGAUCACCUUCACUGUCGAACCGGGCGAGAUUUUGGUAUUGGACACAAACAGAUGGUUCCACAAGACCAGCGUGUUGCCGGGAGACAUAAGCAUCACUAUAGGCGCAGAAUACGACUAA